GGAGGCGUGGCCCGGCCUGGGGCCGGCGGGAUAAAUACUGAGAUCUGGGUGCGGGGUGCAGAGAACUCCAGAGGACACCCGAACGGAGCAGCACCGCGGACAGCGCCUGCCGCGCAGCGCCCAGCUCAACCUGCUCAGCCCUCUCGCUCUGAGGUUCGCGUUCAUCACUCUGCUAUUCCCUGCUGCACCAUGGCAGAAUCCCACCUGCAGUCAUCCCUGAUCACAGCCUCACAGUUUUUCGAGAUCUGGCUUCAUUUCGACGCUGAUGGAAGUGGUUACCUGGAAGGAAAGGAGCUGCAGAACUUGAUCCAGGAGCUCCUGCAGGCGCGAAAGAAGGCUGGAUUGGAGUUAUCACCUGAGAUGAAAACCUUUGUGGAUCAGUAUGGGCAGAGAGAUGAUGGGAAAAUAGGAAUUGUAGAGUUGGCUCAUGUCUUACCCACAGAAGAGAAUUUUCUUCUGCUUUUCCGAUGCCAGCAACUGAAGUCCUGUGAGGAAUUCAUGAAGACUUGGAGAAAGUAUGACACUGACCACAGUGGCUUCAUAGAAACUGAGGAACUGAAGAACUUUCUAAAAGACCUGCUAGAGAAAGCAAACAAGACCGUGGAUGAUACAAAACUAGCUGAGUACACAGACCUCAUGCUGAAACUAUUUGAUUCAAAUAAUGAUGGAAAGCUGGAACUGACAGAAAUGGCCAGGUUACUACCAGUGCAGGAAAAUUUCCUUCUUAAAUUCCAGGGAAUCAAAAUGUGUGGGAAAGAGUUCAAUAAGGCUUUUGAGUUAUAUGAUCAGGAUGGCAACGGAUACAUAGAUGAAAAUGAACUGGAUGCUUUACUGAAGGAUCUGUGUGAGAAGAACAAACAGGAACUGGAUAUUAAUAAUAUUACUACAUACAAGAAGAACAUAAUGGCCUUGUCGGAUGGAGGGAAGCUGUACCGAACAGAUCUUGCCCUUAUUCUCUCUGCUGGGGACAACUAGAGUUGGUGGCCACAACCACUUGCUAGUGAUACAUUGUAUCUAAAACAUAACUGUGCUGCGCUAUAAAAGAGUAGGCUGUAUUUUCUUUUAUAUCUGUAAAUUCUACUGCAUAUAGAGAAUUAUCCAGGAUGCGAGACACAUUCUUUUCUGCUUGUUUCUAUACUGUUUGUAAUGUACAGUUUUUGUAAUCAUAUAAUUGAAAAGAAGAAAGUCCAUGCUUAGGCCAGUCAGUACAAUCCAUUAAAAAUGAAUCUAACAUGAUUUUGCUUUCACAAAUGCAGCUGAAUAUUUGGAUUUCCCUAAAAAUUCUACCAGGAUUCAUCUAAAAUAUUCUAGUGUCAGAUGUGUAAAUAUAUAUCUGUCACUAAGUAGAAGAAUAACUCAUGACAAUCCAAGCGUUUUUAUUUUAGACAAUCAUAGGACUAUCCCACAAAGUACUUCUAUGCUGUCUCCAUCUAGUAGAGGGAUGUGCUUCUGAAUCUGAAGCACCAAAUAUCAAUAGUUAGUUAAUUAUGCCUUUAAUACAAAGCAGUCUCCAUAGAGAUUUAGUUUCCUGAACAGUGACAUGUCUACUGCUUGAAUAGAAACCACACUAUUGACUCAAGAUGGCUUGGUGACAAGGGAACGGAGCCAGAUGACAAAGAAAUCUGUCUGAUUCUAUGUCUAUAUUUCCAAGAAGUCUAUUGCCAGAGAAUAUGACUAGUCCAUUUUCUAAAUUAUUUUCAUGUGUUUCCAGAUGACAAUUAUUCUAGAAAACUGCUGUUUUAUGUAAUAUUCUGUGUGUACUCUCUGAUUAAAUUCAAUGUACUGAGUA